UAAAACACACACAUUUCUGACUCCUUUAAUAGUUACAGAUAGCAAUGGAUACAGUACAAAGGUUGGUGGCUGAAAAGCCUGUUGUGAUCUUCAGCAAGAGCACUUGUUGCAUGAGCCACUCCAUCAGGUCACUCAUAUGUAGCUUUGGGGCAAACCCUGCAGUUUAUGAGAUCGAUAAGAUACCAAAUGGACAGCAAAUUGAGAGGGCAUUACUGCAGCUGGGGUGUCGGCCAAGCGUACCGGCUGUGUUCAUAGGGCAAGAACUCAUUGGUGGUGCCGAUGAGGUUAUGACUCUCCAAGUCAAGAGCAAGCUUGUCCCACUGCUUAUAAGGGCUAAAGCUAUAUGGCUUUGGAAUGGAAAUUAAGUACUAGACAGUUCUCAAUUUCCAUUUUUGGGUAUAGUAAUAAACUUGAACUGAGAACUGGCAACGUCACCCCCCUCCCCCGCGUCCUUUUCUUCUUCUCCGGGCGGUGCUUUUUGUGUUAAACUCCUUUCUUCUUUAACUUUAACUAUGUUCAAGAGAGA